AUGACUAUACAAAAACAACAAGAAGAAAAUGUUGCAAUACUCGCUAAUACAAAUAAAGAAGAUAGUCCCAUUUAUAUGGAAAUUAAUAAUGUUAUGAAUGAAAUAGAAAAAUUUCGUGAAAGAUUGCAUGAACUAAGUAGAAUUCAACAACAACAACGAUAUGAAUCAUUAUCAGAUGAUUCGGAUAACACUAAUAGUGAAGGAGAAGAAAAGCAACUUGAAACAAAUGAAAAUAUGAUGAAAGCUGUUCAAAAUCAACUUGCAAUAAUUCGUCAACAUAUCGGAAAUGUAUUGGACAAUUGCGAAAUGUUGGAUGAAAAUCUUCUCACCGUUAUUAUGACUUAUAAUGAGGAAGUUAAUAUCGCAUUACAAGAAGCAUUUGAAGAAAUACCAAGUCUUUAUAGUCAUAACCAUCCAAAUUUUAAUAAUAUUUUUCAAUUAAUAAGUGAUAUUGAACAAUGUCAAGAACUUUUACAUAAUUAUACAAAAUUAAAAGGUUUAUUAAAAGAUGGAAACGGUUGUCGUAAAGAAUUUAAUUCAGAAUUAAGAUUAAUGGAAGUUAAAGAACUUUUAAUUCAAUAUGAAUGUAAAACUCAAAUUCUUGAAGGUGAUGUAUUACAACGACUUAUAAUUGAAACCAUUUUAGAUCAUUGCGAUAUUUAUUUUAAUGGAACAUUUCAAAAUUCUGAAAUAAAAACUAAACGUGAAAGUAUUUUGGGAUUAACUAAAUUUACUGAUUUCUCGAAACCUUUAUCAAAAAUGAAUCCAGAAGUUUAUUCCGUACUCGGUUCUAAAGGUUAUGAUGGAUUUGAUCAUCCAUUUAUUGAAUUUGUAGCGGAAAAGAUUGUAGCCAUCAUGAAUCAAUAUUGUAUUAUCGAAUCUUUAGAAAAGAAGGAUCAAAUUAAAGAAUUAUCUUCGGAAAUAGUUUAUAGUAUUAUAAAUAUUUUUUAUUUUAGGAUGCAAGCUCAAGAACAACCUUCACAAUUUAGAUGGAUUGAAAAUGGGAAAAAGAUUGAUUCAGAAACUAUGAAAUGUACUUGGGAUAAUCAUAAUAAAUAUGAUGAUCCAUUAGUUGACAUUUGUUAUUUUCCAUUAAUUGGAAGGAAAUUGAUUAAUGAGGAUUUAUUAAAAGUUUAUUCGAAAGCAAAAGUUUAUCCUUAUCGUCGUCCCGAAAAUUUAAAUUCAUCCGAUAAUUUACCUGUAAAUUUACCAGAAUAA